GCUGUUCCGAAUCCGCGUGAACUCCGCGCCCGUGCUAUUGCCAAGAAUGCGCCUAGCACUCUGCAGCUCUACUUGCGAUCGUGGUCCGGCUGGGUUUCUCAUGCAACGCGUUCUAGCUUCGAUCCGGCCGACCCUCCACCGGGCUCCGUAAUUGACAUCCGCACCGUCCGGCCUCUCUACCUCGUCUUUCAAGGCACUCAGCUGGAUGGCACGUGUGGCGGGUCUCCCUUCCCUGCACUCGCAAUUGCAGACCCCGCUCUGCACUGCAUUCUUGACGGCUACCGGUCCUGUGGAGAAGCGCGAGGCGCUGCCCUUCUCCGUGUCUUUUGUGGCUUGGCUGGAGCGCCGCAUUAUGGAUCCGUCCUGCCCGAUCCCCGAAUGCAUUGUGAUUGGUUCCGUUCUCUGCCUCAUCUGGGCUUCGCUCCGGUGGAACGACGGCCUGUGGUCUCCUCCGUCCCGUGUGGUGUUGCAGGCCGGCUCGCUCUCCGCACUCGCCACCCGUACCAAGAGCUGCCGCGCCUCCAUGCCCUGGGGGUGUCAGCUCCUGGGUUUGACCGGCACGUCCGCCUCGUGUUGGGGGAUCUCUUGGCUGAAUGCCCUUCAGCAGUGCGUCGCGGAUACAUCCCGGCUUUUCCCGGCCCGCGUGGUGGAUUUCUUGCUUCCGGUCUUGUCGCACAUCCGGCUUUCGUGGCGCCCCUGCACCGUUCCCGUGCCAUGCCUUGGCUCCGGUCCCUUCUUCAGGAGCACUGGCGUUUGCACUCCGACCUGCCGCCCCCAUCCGAGCACACACUCUAUGGGGUUCAUUCCUGCAAGGCCACCGUCCUGUCUUGGGCUCGACAACUCCACCUCGAUCCGGAACUCCGUCGUCUGCAAGGCCACCGCCGCCCCUCGACCAUGGAAGGUUCCGUCCGGGUAUAUAGCCGCGAUGAUAUCGGCCCGAUGCUGAAGCUCCAGGCCGACAUUAUUAACAAGAUUCGCUCGGGAUACCGUCCGCUUCAGCCGGUGGCCCGUGGCUCGUCCAAUCCUUUGCCUGACUUUCGCGUGUGCUUACCUCCCCCCGACCGAUCCAUGCCUGGUGUGGCUCCUGGGGAAUCUUCUGCUCCACUUCGUCCGUUGUCUUCCGCCCCCGCAGAAGCCGACGGGAGUUCUGACACCGACCUUUCUGCUGACAGUUCUGACUCCGACUGCUCGGCCGCGUCCGCCUCUGAUCCGGAGCCGACCUCUGCUGUGAAGGCCUGCUUGCUGGGCCUCCGUGGGCCAGCUGAGCUCGGACACAUGGUGUCCCGUGCCGCCGGCUGGGGCUCAACACUAGCUGUCUCCGCCGUGCCUGCCAGGCCUCUCUCUCUUGCCGCCAUGUCCGGCCGUGGGUACCGCCGUGGUGGCUCCUAUGCGGCUGCUCCCGGCCCUGCGCCCGCUGUGGCUGACCGGCCCGGCCCGGACCUGACCCAGCUGGAAGAGGUCACGGAUGAGGAGCUUUUGGCGCUCCUUCGGCAAUGUUCCGCCGGCCUUUUGGCGCGCGUUAUCCGCUUGUGCUCUGCCAUCUUGCGCCCGCGCCGCAUGGAGAUAUACUGCCAACUGCCGUGUGCAAACCCAGAGUGCCCGAACGCGUGUGGGCGUCGUGUCGAUCCGACCCGCCAGCGCGCUCACACAAAUCAUGCCUGCCGUUGGUCCGCCCCGGAUGACUUGCAUGAAGUGCUCACGCAAAAAGGUUUCAAGACCAUUGCGUCCGUGGCGUUUGCAAUCCCGGCACAGGGCAGCCCGGACGACUUUCUCCGUGUUCUGUGGCCUCCGGCCGAUCCGUCCGACACGACGGCCCUGGUCACCCCGUCCGCAUCUUUUGCUCGUCGCUUGCUGGUGCAGUCCCGUGCCCUGAUCCACCCGAGUGGUCCGGCACCGGCGACCCCUGCUUCAACCCAGCCCGACCCUAGCCCCACCCCUAAGGUUACAGCCGAGACUGCUGAGACGCUCCGCCAGAAACUCAUGGAAAACUACCCUGGGGAGAUCCUGUCACCGGCCAAUACCCCCAGCGUUGAGUUUCUGAGCCGCCUCCGUUCCGAGCUGGAUAAGCCCACCACGUUGUGGGUGCCGUGGCGCUUCCGCGCGUCCGAGCAAGACUUGCAGAAUUUUUAUGAUACGCGCCGCCCCCCGCACCGAUGGGCAGAUCCUGCGCCACAUUUUGGAUGGCGUUCCUGA